AUGAGUACCGGCUUCGCUCCCUUGAGAGGGGAAAACAAGAAGGACUCGAACAGACUCUCGCUUAAAGCAGAGUUGACGGAGUCCCCAAUCUCGGAAAGCGACCAUCAGAAAAUCCAAGCGGACCUGCAGAAGGAUGACCGCUACUGUUUCUUACUCAGCGAAAUCGAGGACGACCGCGAGAGAAAGGUAAUGAUUCCCGAAUCCGAAAUCUACAUAUUUCAGGAAACAAUCAUCGAAGAGAUGAAGGCAAACCUGAAGAAGCUAGCGGUGCUCCACGCGAAGAGGAAAAGCCUGGACGACAUCAAGGGCGCUCUUCGCCGAGGAGAAAACCUCCAUCACGACGACCAGCUGAUCUGGGACGAGGGCGAAGCCAACAUUUUGGCAGAAUACGAAGCGACGAAGCAGGAGGACAAAAACUCCGACAAGAAAAGAUCGAGGUCGCCCGCAUGA